ACUCGCACUAUAGUCAACAAAUAUAAACUGUUGAUUGUCAUUAGUUUAGUAGUUCAAUGAUUCCUAAGUGGCGUGUACUUUUAUGGCGCUUUCUGGCAGUGGAAGAUGAACAGUAGAAUGAGCUCGAUGUUUAUAUCUCCUUGUUUCAACUCUUUGCAAAUUAAUUUUGAAGGCUUAGUAUCUUUCACAGCUUUCCUCUUUAAACAAUUGCUCCGCGUUUGCCCCUUAAUAAUACUUUACUCAAUAUUAUCUUGGUUAUGGUUUGUGUUGCUUUCUGUAAUUUCGUUAUUAGAAUUGAGUUUUAAAUUACACUUAUACAGCUACUCCUAACACAAGUCCAGUGAUGGAUAUCAUUCGAUUGCAUUUUAUGAAAACAAAACUCCGGAAACGGUCAAUUGGUCCCCAGACAAUUGGUCACUACGAAAAAACAUCGUAUGUUGACAAUUGGCCCCCGUCAUAAUUUUAUACACGGACAAUUGGUCCCGGGGAAAUUUUAUUUUCACAUUUUUGAAUAGGAUAACAUAACAUAUCGGAAUCAUUCAACAAUAAAUCGCAACAUAACAUGUUGACAAUAUUAUCGUCCGGAUGCAUCCAAGUAUUUGAAUCUAUACAAAUAAUUGAUAUCUUUGAUUAAAACUAAUGAAAAUUUAUUUUUAAAUAACUUUAUGAAACCUAUAAGUGAAAAAGAAAAAAAAUUGUUAUUGAUUUGUAGUACUUCUAAUAUUAAUUUUUCAAACAAUGAACUUUUAAAUUAUUUGUGUAGUCUAAGUUUCAAUAUUAAACAUUAAUUAUUUUUUUCGGUAUUAUUAUUUAAAUUAUAUUUUUUUUUCUGAUUAUUAUUUGAAUUAUUUUAAUAUUAUGUAUUUAUCGAACGUAAUAAUGUAACACAAAACUCAUAUACAUCUGUCAGUAUAGACUUUUUUCCUGUUAUAAUCUCCAUAUUUAUUCAGAAAUUACGGCACUAUAAUUAUGCUAUUGAGCUUAUGUUGAACUUAUAAUGACUGUUACGGUACUGGAGGUCAUAAUAUUCUAGAAUGCUUAAGUUCGAUUUCAAAAACUGCCAUGUAAAAUCAAUUUUUACUUAUUACCGAUGAAAUUCGAUAAAACACCUAUCAUUUUCAUAACUGAUAUACAACAAAUAGCGGAUCAAUCCGUAUAUUUUUUUUAUAGUAAGCACGGAGUCAGUACACCGGUAUCGAUACAGUAAACAGUUACUCGGGAAUCAACUGACUAUUACAGAUAUUAUUUCAUCAAUAUUAAAAAAAUAAAUAGAUAGGUACCUACUCGGGAUUCAAGUUGAUUCAACUGAUAUGCAGUCUAAUGUAGAUAUUAAAUAAAACAUUAUUUAUCAUUUAUGAGUUAAUUGCUGUUUAUUACUACAAUACUACCUACAUAGUUUAUUUACUGACUGUGUAUUAUUUAAAAAUUAAACUUCAAAAAUAAUCGAUAUCUACGUCUUGGUAAGCAUCUGUAAAUUACAGAGAAACGUAUGGAGUGGGUACUGGGUAUCAGUUCUAUGAAUAUUUGUAUUGGAUUGAUAACUGAUACUAGUAUAUUUAAUCAAUGCUGAUAGUGAAAAUAACAGAAUACUAUUACCUAAUACCUCAGGUUAAUAAUUUGUUUCAUUUCAUUUCCGCAUUCUAUAAAGUGUGUUAAUACUAAAUACCUAUAUACUUAAUUACUUAAGUAAUCAUAAUUCAUGAACACAGAAUAAUAAGUAUUUAUCAUUUCUAAUAUUUCUAAAAGCUGAAAACUUUAAUUUUCUAAGGUAAGAAAUAAAAAUUAUAUACAAUUUUUGUAAAGAAAUGAAAUAUUAGUAAUAUUAUACUAAGUUGAUUUUUAUUUAUUAAGAACUUUUUUUUCAGUAGGUAAAUUUUAAUAUUAAAAUUAUGAAAUACAUUUAUUUAAAAAUGUAUCACAAAUUUAUAUUUAAUUAUUUCUUUUUCUUUUUUACUAUUGGCUUUGAUUAAUUGUAUGCCCUUUAUAAUGGUAAAAUAUGAUUUCUUGAGUAGGUAUAUUGUUUUAAUGAUAUACUUUUAUAAAACACUAUAAUAUUUUAAUGUUUGAAUUUAAUUUUACAUAGAUUUAUUAACUUAUAAAAUUAUAUAAUAUGUCUUUAUUUUGCAAUAGAAUAUAAUACAUCAUAAAUAUAAAAUAAAUUUAAGCUGCAAAACCUAACCAAAAAACAGCUUUUAAAUGGUUGGGUUGAGUUCAGUAUGAAGCUAUGAAAAAGUAAAACAUAUUAAUAAGCAAUGCCGUUAAAAUUGGACUUUUUAAAUCAAAAACAGUUAUACAUUUUAGUUUUGACCUAGUACUAUAAUUAUAUUUUAUAAUAUACUCAUGAAAAUUAAAAACAUGAAGUUCUUUAUAAAUUAAAUUGGUCUAUACCAAAACAUGAAACAUGGCUUGAAUAAAAUAAUUUUAAUUUUAAUACCUUAAUAUGAUUAUUUUUAGCAAUAUAACAAUUGAAUACAUAAGUAUCAAUUUCAUUCAAUUUUGUCAAUUUGACUGUGUAUAUUAAUUGAGUUAACAAUAUUUGUAAUUUUGUUAUUAUUAUUUGCAGAUUUUAAAGAAUAUGUCUCAAUUCAUGAAACAUGUUAUUAAAAACAAAAUUUCUAAAUCAUAUCUUCAGUUUGCUAAAUUAACGGUAAAUAUACUAUUGGAUUACAAUAAAAAAUAUUUUUAUUGUAAUAUUUUUGUAGAAUAUUCAGGCCAGACAUUUAAACUUAUUAGAAUGCCAUAGUAAAGAUUUAUUGAGUCAACAUGGAGUUACGGUACAGAAGUUUAAAAUUAUUGAAAAUGCAGAAGAAACUAAUAAUUUAUUAAACUCAUUUGGUAUGUAAAAAAUUUAAAAUUUGCCCCGUCACUUAAUCUAGUCCUUAGAAUUUUAGAACAUUUUGAUGAUCUGUUAAAUAUUUAUGUUUUUCCUCUGUCUAUAUCCUUAAAUGUAAAUGUAUCCUUUAAUGUAUUUGUUAUUGAUCAUAUAUUACAAGUUAAAUAUGAAUAAUAAGUAAAUAGAUUUCUAGUUAUCUUUGAUUAUGUAUGAAUACUAUAUAUUUUUGUUUUUAUAUAAGUAUUAAAUUACAGAUGUAGAAGAAUAUGUUUUAAAAGCACAAGUAUUGGCUGGAGGUCGGGGUAAAGGUCAUUUCAAUAAUGGAUUUAAGGGUGGUGUCCAUGUUACCAAAGAGUAAGUAUUUAUUUUAAUUAAUGUAGUUUUUUAUUUUUAAUUGAUAAUUAACUUGACUUAACUUUUUAGAGCUAGGUACUUACCUAUUUUUCUACCUACUUAUUUUUAUUUAAUUGCAUAUUUUCUCAAUAUAAUUAAUUUUUUUAUAUUAAAUAUAUUUUAUAAUUUGAUAGGUAUUACAAUUAUCAUGUUUUUAAUAUUUUAAAAUUUUUAAUCUAACAUUUUUGUAAAUUAAUUGGUUUAUUAGACAUUUUGUAUAUGUUAUCAAAUACUAACCAAACAAAGUACAGUCCAACCUUGAACUAAGUAACCAGUUUUUUAUAGUAACUACUGUUUGUUUUGUGUAUAUUUUGGUACUAUUACAUUCCUUACAUUUAUUUAUGUUUUUGUUUUAACUUUUUUUAUUAUUUGUAUCAACAAGGCAACCCAUAAAUCAACAAAAUAAUUUGAUUUUUGUUAGUUACCAAAAAUACCAAUAGCUCUGUGUGAGACCUUUAGGAGGAAUUUCGGAGAACCUAUAAGUUAUUCUUGGACUAGAACUACAUCUAUACAAACAUUUUUUUUUUUAAUAUUUUCAACAUAUUUAUGUUUUUAUAAUGGUAAUUACAGUAAUUAAAAAAAAAAUAAUUUAAAUAUACAUUUUUAAUUUAUAGAUAAAGGUGAAUAGAGGUAAAAAUAAAUAAUGUACAGGAUAAUAGGUAGUUAUAACGAAUGAGAUUCGUAUUCGGAUGGCUUCAUAGAUAACAGUACAUACUGUGGAAGACGUAGUUUUAGUCUAUAAACUGUAGACUAAAAUAUAGUUUUUUGUUUGCUUCUCAGUCUUAUAAAGGAGUGCACCUUCAGUUAAAUUAAGUGUUGAGUGAAAUAACUUAAAUUUUUCCUUGAUCCAUAUAUCAUGGUAUGGUAUAUUGGUGUCAUUGUGGAGUUGCUUGUUACACAUAAACUGCACAUACAAGGUGCUUUUAGUACUAAUCUGAGAAAUUUGUUUUGUAUUGUUUGUAGUUUUUUCAAUUUAGUUUGGGAUACUCGGACUGGGCAAGCCUAUGUUAACAAUGGUCUAAUUAAUGAAGUAUAUAUCAGAAGUGAACAUUUAAUUUGUAGUGUUAAGCUGUGGUUUAUUAAUGGAUAUAACAUUUUCAUCUGAGUAUAAGUUUGGUUUAAUUUUUUAUUAAUGUGAAAUUUCGAUGUUGGUUUUUCAUUGAGAAAAACUCCAAAGUAUUUAAUUGACUUCCAUUUAAUGGGUUGAUUAUUAAUUAUUACUUGAGUCGGGUUUGUAUAUAUUCUAAGGUUAAAUAUCUUAGCUUCACUUUUAGUCAGGUUUAAUUUAAGUUUCCACUUUGAAAACCAUUUUGCUAUUUGGUCAAAUGAGCUUUGCAGGUCUAUAAUUGAGCUUUCAAGAUUUGUAUCUUGCGUUAUAAAAGCAUUAUCUGCGUAUGUUGCCAAUUGGCACAAUUGCGAACUAGGAAUAUCAUGUCAAAAAAUAUUAAACAGUAUGGGUCCAAGAACUGAUCCUUGUGGGAUUCCAGCUUUAAUAGAGUGCAACUGUGAUGUUUCUGUACCUAUUAGUACUUGAAAGGAACGGUUUGUUAUAAAUGAUCAUAUGAUAUUGUAGAGAUAGGUAGGUAGAUUUAGUUUUAUAAGUUUGUGCAGGAGGCCUUGAUGCCAUACCUUAUUAAAGGCCUGUGCAGUAUCAAGAAAAGCCAUCUUGGUGUAUUUUUUAUUCUCAAAUCCAUUUACUAUAAUUUCUGAUAUUCUUUGAAGUUGAUGGCAGCUAGAGUCCAGAGAUUUAAAACCAAAUUAAUAGAGUUGGAUAAUGUUCAAGUAUGGUUUCAUUCUGUAAAGCAUUACUCGUUCUAGUAUUUUGGAGAGAAUGUGGAGUAAGCUUAUUGGUCUGUAGCUACUUGGUGAGUAUUUGUUUUUUCUAGGUUUAUGAAUUGGGAUGAUUAUUGCUUGUAUCCAGAUAUUUGGAAAUUACUCAAUUUUUAAAAUUGAGUUUAGGAGGCUGGCUAAGUAGGAAAGACAUUUUAAUGUGAGAUUUUUGAGAAUUUUAUUUGUUAUGAAAUCAUUUCCUCAGGUGGGGGGGGGCUUUUUUUGUUUGCAAAUCUGUGUAUUAUUUGUUGUAUUUUUUUGAGACUGCAAGGGUAGAUAUGAUCUUUUACUAGGUAGUUUUGAUUUUCACAUGUAAGAAAUAUUUCUUGUGAUUCAUUUGUGCUUUCAUCUUCUAUUGUGAAGCAGUUUUCAAAGAGUUAAACAAAAACGCUGCACUUUUCCAGGUUUGUUUCAUAUUUCGCUACUCCAAUUUGAGAGGGGAAAUUAUGUCAUGUUGUUUUAGGAUUCUCUUUUUGGCUGUUCAUAGGUUGACAUCAUUUAGGUUUAAUUUUGAUAGAUAUGUUUAAUAAAAGUUUUAUCUAUAGUUGUUCAAUUCUCAUUUGACUCUUCUAGUUAGUUGGUUUAGAUGGUUUUUAACUUCAGUCAUUCUUGAUCUUUGUCAUAUUCUCCAUGCCUUGUAUUUUUCCGUAAGUAGUUUUUGGAUACAUUGUGGAAAUGGAGGAAUGCAGUUGGGGAUUUUUAUUGUUGGAUUUCUGGAUGCAAGGGCCGAUUUUAUUCUAUUUAUUAUUGAUUCUGUUAGGUGCUGUCUAAUUUGUUAGUAUUUUGAAGUGGCUUCUUAUUAAAUUUUUAUCUAGGUUGACUCUAAAAACGUCCCAGUUUAUAAGCGGUUUAUUAAUUUAGGGGUUGGGUCAGUUAUCUUAUACUGUUCGCAUAAGGAGGUGAUAACAGGUGUGAUCUGAGUCCAGUUGGUUUGGAAUUUGAUGAUAGAUCCUGUCAGGAGAUUUGAAAUUAGAAUAAUGUCCAGUAUAUUUGGUUGUUUGUCGCUGGAAGGUAGGUUUAGGAGAUAUUAUAAUUCCUAGUUCAGAGGUAAAUUUAAGUAAUUUAAUUCCAUUUGGGUUCAUUUUUAGGCACCCCCAAAAUUUAUUUUUGGAGUUUAAGUCUCUUAGGAGGAGAAUAGAUUUGUUAUUGAAAAGUCCAUAUAUAUUAUCUUUUUGAAUUAUUUUAUUUGGGUAGUUGUACUCUGAUACUAUUUUCAUUUCAUAUUUGUCUGUUGGGAUCUGUUGGCUUCUAUACUGAUUAUUUUGGGGAUAAUAGAUUGGUGAUUGACAAAUUGUUUUAUUAGAAUGGCUACUCCUCCAGAAGAUUGAAUGGUGUCCCUAUCAUUUCUAUAGAUGUUGAAACCUGUUGAAUAUUUUGAAGAUGUGUUUCUGUGACAUAGUCUAUCUAUCUUGUGUUGGGAUAGGAUUUCAAUAAGUGUAAUUUUUUUAAAUUUAAUUCCAUUAGCAUUCCAGCUAACUAGUUUGAUGUCACUAAGAUAAAUUGAUGUCAUUAUUGACUGGUAUAGAUAAAUUAUGUGUAAUUGAUUAAAAAUUGAGCUUAUAAUAAAUUGUACGUUUUGGAGGAAUACACAUUUUCAACCUAAUCUAUUGAGUAGAUUUAUGGUGAAAGAGUAAUAAAUAUCCAUUCAAACAAACUUUAAAAUUUCUGAUUUGAUGGGUUAUUUUUAGAAGAUUAGACAUCCAUUGUAGAUUUUUAUGUAGGUCUUUUUAAAAUCUUCAGUUCCAUAGUACAUUAUUUUGAUGUACCCAUAAGAUUUAGUCAGAGUUAGCAAUGUAAGUUCCCUAAAUUUGUUUUUAUUACUUGAUUACAAAACACCAAAUUUUUUCUAUUUUUUUUUUUUUUUAUAAAUAUAAUAUGUAUAUACACCUUCUGGAAAAAAUUUUAUAAAUAAUAGUGAAAACCAUAUCAAAAUCUGUUUUGUAGUUUAAAAGAACUUAGUAAACAGACAGAAAUUUUGUUUUAUACUAUUUAGAUAUAUAUUAUAUACAUAUUUAUUUUUUCAGGAGAUCAAAGAUUUAUGAUUUAAUUAAAAACAUGUUGGGUUAUAAAUUAAUCACUAAACAAACACCUAAAGAUGGAAUUUUAGUUAGUAAAGUAAUGGUUGCUGAGUCAGUGGAUAUUAAAAGAGAAACUUAUUUUUGUAUUGUAAUGGAUAGGUAAGAUAAUUGUAUUAUUAAUGAUAGUUGUAGUUAUUUAAUUUUACAUGUGUUUUGAGUAACAUAAAUUAUUAUAAAAAAAUAAAAUUGAAUUGAGUUCAAAUCUUAUAUUUACAGAAAUGAAAAUGGUCCUGUACUGGUAGCAUCUCCAGCUGGAGGUAUGGAUAUAGAAGAUGUUGCUGUUUCCUCUCCAGAAUUAAUUAAAAAAAUUCCUAUUGACAUUUUUGAAGGUAUUUCCGAUACCGUAGCAUUAGAUGUUGCCAAAUUUUUGGAUUUUAAAGGACCUUUGGCAUCUGUUGUGAGCAUAAUAUUAUGGAUAUUAUGUUAUUUGUUAAAUAUAAUGUCUACUGUUAUAUUAAAGUAAAUUACUUGACAUUAUUUACAGGCUGCAGAUGAAAUAAAAAAACUCUGGGAAUUCUUCUUGUCUGUAGACGCUGUUCAAAUAGAAAUCAAUCCAUUGGUUGAAACUGCUGAUAACAAAGUUGUGUGUGUUGAUGCUAAAAUUCAAUUUGAUGAUAAUACUCAGUUUAAACAUCAAAAAGUAUUUGAUUUGGAUGAUACAAGUGAAUCAGAUCCUCGUGAGAUUAUGGCAAACAAGCACAAUUUAAAUUAUAUUGCUAUGGAUGGUAAUAUUGGUUGUUUAGGUAAAUCAUAUUUAAGUUAUUAUUUUUUUUUUUAUUGUAAUGCAAAAUAAUUAACUUUUUAAUUUCUUAUAGUAAAUGGUGCAGGACUUGCUAUGGCUACUAUGGAUAUUAUAAAACUACGCGGUGGAGUGCCAGCCAACUUUCUAGAUGUUGGUGGUAAUGUUAAUGAAAAUCAAGUGUAUGAAGCAUUUAAGCUGUUGACUUUAGGUUAAAUUAUAUUUAAUUAUUAUUUUUUUUGUAUUCGAAUUAAUAAUACUGAUUUAAAUGAUUCUUGCAGAUUCCUCUGUGAAAGCAAUUUUGGUAAAUGUGUUUGGUGGUAUUGUAAAUUGUGCUACAAUUGCUAAAGGUUUAAUAAAUGCUUCAAAGAAAUUGAAUAUACAAAUUCCAUUAGUUGUUAGAUUAGAGGGUUAGUAUAUAUUUUAAGGUAUUUUUAAAGGUCCUGCUCUUGAAUGACUGAAACAUAGAUCAUUCUUUUUCUGUUGAAAAUAGGAACAAUUUUUACAUGGUAUUGGGCUUUAAUUUUUUGAUUAUGUAAUAAAAAACUACAAAAAACAAAAAAAAAUAUCAAGUAAUAAACAAGCUCUAAUUAUAGCAUUUGAAAAUAUAAUUUUCAAAAUACAAAUCUAUUUUGUAAGAAGUCUAUCUUUCUUUCAGGUUAUGUGCAGGUCCUCAAUACUAUAAUAUAUUGAGCGUUAAAAUUGCUCAAACAAUGUAUUUAAUUAAAAACUAUAACUUUUUGUCAUCAUUUUCAGGUACAAAUGUUUCUAGUGGUAAAAAAUUGCUAGAAGAAUCUGGAUUACGUAUUCAGUUUGCUUCAAAUUUAGAUGAUGCUGCUACUAUGGCUAUUUCAUCUAUAAAAAAUUAAGUUAACAAAAUAUAAUCUAUUAUGGUUAAAAUUUGUGUUAUAUAUUGUUGUAAUAUAUUGUAACAAUACUUUGAUUAAAAAGUAUUGUACUGUUGAUAAAUUGAUGAUAAAAAUAUAAAAAUUGGCAUGUGUAUGUUUUUUAGUGUUCAAUAAAUUAUUUUUUUUAACAAUUUUUAUUUUCAUAAUCAUUCAAUAUUAUUUAAUGCCUAACAUUUUAUAAAUAUUUAGUAUAUG